CUCUUUCUCUCUCACUCUUGCUCCGGUCCAGUGCUGUGUGGGAAAGAAGACGAAGAGAGACAAGAGAGCGAGCGCAAACAACCCAAACCAAACCCAAGGGUAAAAGAAAAUAAAAGAAAGUAAAGGGAGAGGCGAAACGGAGCGAAAACCAGAGAGUCAUGGUCUCGACCAGAAGAAGUGGAUCUCUCUCUGGUAACAACAACAACCAUAGCACCCGUAAAUCAUCAUCCUCCUCCGAAGAUAAGCCUCCUUCGCCGAAGCGUCAAAAGAGCGAUAAUGGUACAGCAUCGGAAAAACCGAUGCCGGCAGCGGAAGCUUCCAAGGAAUUGUGCCCGCCACUGGCGCCAGAUCCCGCGGAAUGUGGGACCGCCGAUGGUGCGGUUGCGGGAGGUGGUGUCGGCGAGGAUGUGAGUCCUGGUAAAGGCGAAGCAGGACCUGCGGUGGCGGUGGUGCCGCCGAUCGCCGACGGUUCCACGCCGAUUGCCCUGGAUAAACCGAGGAGUUCUUUCUCAUCUUGGAUAUGUCAGAAGCAGAACCCAAAUUUCGAGACGUUAACUCCAUGGUGUAAGCUUCUGUCACAGUCUGCACAGAAUCCAAACAUAAUCAUUUGCCCAGCAAGCUUCACUAUUGGCUCAAGCAGGCAUUGCAGUUUUGUGCUGAAGGAUCAGCCAAUAAGUCAAGUUUUAUGUAAAAUAAAGCAGACACAGCGCGAAGGGAGUACUGUUGCUGUCCUGGAAAGCACGGGGAGCAAAGGAUCUGUUCAAGUAAAUGGGUCUAUUGUCAAGAAGAAUUCUAGCCGUGUUCUUAGCUCAGGAGAUGAGGUGGUUUUUGGUCUAUUGGGUAACCAUGCAUAUAUUUUUCAGCAACUCCUAACUGAGGUUGCCCUGAAGGGCAUGGAGGUUCACAAUAGUUUGGGGAAAUUCUUGCAACUUGAGAGGAGGUCAGGAGACCCUUCAGCUGUUGCAGGGGCAUCCAUAUUAGCUUCUCUUUCAAGCCUUAGGCAAGAUUUGUCUCGUUGGAAGUCUACAGGUCAGACUUCUAGCAGAUUUCACCAAGGAGAUGAAGUUGCUGGUCCUUCUGUUCAGAAUAGCCCAGAGGUUGAUGUUGAUGCUUUGGAAGAAAUUUCAAUUCCUAACCAGGGGACUGAUAAAGCUGCAGACGUUGUAGAAGUACCCAAGAACGUUCCCCAUGAUUGCAGCCAAGACUCUGGCAUAGAGAAAUGCAAUGGCAAAUUAUCCGAGGUUUUAGAGGAAAAGAACGAGUGGGCGAGGGACUUUCAGCAGCCAUCGACCUCGGGGAUUUCACUUAGGGCUGCAGUCAUCAAAGAAGACAUUCAUGCUGGAAUUCUAGAUGGCAAAAACAUAGACGUUUCAUUUGACAACUUCCCAUAUUUCCUGAGUGAAAAUACAAAAAACGUGCUUAUAGCAGCUUCAUUUAUACACCUGAAGCACAAAGAACAUGCUAAAUAUACUUCAGAACUCUCUACUGUUAAUCCACGAAUUUUGCUAUCUGGUCCAGCUGGUUCGGAGAUAUAUCAGGAGAUGUUAGCAAAGGCACUUGCUAAUUACUUUGGGUCUAAAUUGCUCAUAUUCGAUAGCCAUUCAUUUGUUGGGGGCUUAUCUUCAAAGAAAUUGGAGCUUUUUAAGGAUGGAAUGAAUGCAGAAAAGUCCUGCACUUUUGCUAAACAAAGUCCUCUAACCACUGAUGUGCUAAAGAACAUUCAGUCAGCUGGUGAAGCAGAAACACCAAGCUCCUCUACUGUCCCUUCAGGGCGAGAAUCUCAAGCAAAGACUGAUUUUGAUAGUGUACCCUCCUCUUCUGGGGCAUCUAAAACUACAAAGUUUAAAUUAGGUGACAGAGUAAAAUUCUCGACGUCUGCUUCUUGUUUGUAUCCAACAGCAUCUUCAUCUAGGGGUCCACUCUCUGGGAUUCGGGGAAAGGUCAUUUUACAAUUUGAAGACAAUCCUAUAGCAAAAGUUGGUGUGAAAUUUGAUAAACCCGUACCUGAUGGGGUUGAUCUUGGAGGUUUAUGCGAGUUAGGUCAUGGAUACUUCUGCAACGUUACUGAUCUGCGUCUGGAGAACAGUGAUGAUUUGGACAGAUUACUUAUUAACAUCUUAUUUGAGGCUGUUUACAGUGAGAGCAGAACUUCCCCAUUCAUUCUGUUUGUGAAAGAUUCUGAGAAGUCCAUUGCUGCAAACUCCGACUCAUACACCACAUUUAAAAGCAGGCUUGAAAAGCUUCCCGACAAUUCACAUCCAGGUGGACUCCUUUUCACUAAAUUUGGCAGCAACCAGACUGCUCUUCUUGACCUGGCAUUUCCUGAUAGUUUUGGCAGACUUCAUGAUAGAGGUAAAGAAGUACCAAAGGCAACAAAACUUCUGACCAAGCUUUUCCCGAAUAAAGUUGCAAUUCACAUGCCACAGGAGGAGGGUCUUCUAGCUUCUUGGAAGCAAGAUUUAGAACGAGAUGCCGAAACUCUUAAAAUGAAGGGAAAUCUCAAUCAUCUCCGCACUGUCGUCAAUAAAGUAAUAUGAGUGACAUCAUCUCUGUCCAGUAUUGGCAAGGGCAGUUUCUCUUAUUUAUCCUGUCUUUAUUUCCAGACAUUGUUUGUGAGGUUCUACGUAGUAGGAUUAUGGUCUGACUAAAAGCUAUAUGUAGGUUUUGGGUCGUUGUGGAGUCGAAUGCGAUGGCUUGGAGACACUAAGCAUCAAGGAUCAAACACUUACAAAUGAAAGUGCCGAGAAGGUGAUUGGUUGGGCUAUAAGUCAUCACCUUAUGCAUAAUCCUGAAGCUGAAUCUGAUACUAGGCUCGUUCUGUCUACCGAAAGCAUCCACUAUGGCAUGGAAAUCUUGUAUGCAUUGCAGAAUGAAUCUAAAAGCUCAAAGAAGUCUCUCAAGGAUGUCGUGACAGAAAAUGAGUUUGAGAAAAGGCUCCUGGCUGAUGUUAUUCCACCUAAUGAUAUUGGGGUUACAUUUGAUGAUAUUGGAGCUCUUGAAAAUGUCAAGGAUACAUUGAAAGAGUUGGUGAUGCUUCCAUUACAACGACCUGAGCUUUUCUGCAAAGGGCAAUUAACUAAGCCUUGCAAGGGAAUACUUCUGUUUGGACCUCCUGGAACUGGUAAGACCAUGCUUGCAAAGGCCGUGGCAACUGAAGCUGGUGCAAACUUCAUCAAUAUUUCAAUGUCGAGCAUCACUUCUAAGUGGUUUGGCGAGGGUGAAAAAUAUGUGAAAGCUGUUUUUUCUCUGGCCAGCAAAAUUGCUCCUAGUGUCGUCUUUGUUGACGAGGUUGAUAGCAUGUUAGGAAGGAGAGAAAAUCCAGGAGAGCACGAGGCUAUGCGGAAGAUGAAGAAUGAAUUCAUGGUGAACUGGGAUGGCUUGCGAACAAAAGACACUGAGCGGGUUUUGGUACUUGCAGCUACAAAUAGACCGUUUGACCUUGACGAAGCUGUCAUUAGAAGGCUUCCCCGAAGAUUGAUGGUAAAUCUUCCCGACGCUCCAAAUAGAGCCAAGAUAAUGAAAGUCAUAUUGGCAAAAGAGGAUUUGUCUCCAACUGUUGAUAUUGAUGCAGUUGCAAGCAUGACUGAUGGAUAUUCUGGAAGUGACCUCAAGAACUUGUGUGUGACUGCAGCUCACCGCCCAAUAAAAGAGAUACUGGAGAAGGAGAAAAAGGAACACGCGGCAGCUGAGGCAGAAGGUAAACCUCCACCAGCAUUAAGUGGAAGUUCAGACAUACGCCCUCUGAACAUGGAGGACUUCAAAUAUGCUCAUGAAAGGGUAUGCGCAAGCGUGUCUUCAGAGUCGGUGAACAUGACGGAGCUUCUGCAGUGGAAUGAACUAUAUGGCGAAGGUGGGUCUCGGAGAAAGAAGGCCCUCAGCUACUUCAUGUAAAUUGCAUCUUUUGUACAAUUGUGCCCCCUCGCCCUUGCCCUCUUUUGUAUCUUUUAACUUAUAAAAGUUUCCCUUCUUCAUUUUUGUUUCAGCUCUCAGAGCAGUGUCAUUUUGUUGUAACAUUAAUAACCAAACUAUAGGUCUCGUCGGUGGUCAUUCUUUUUAACUUAAAAUUGUUCAGUAUUUUGCUGUGUAUGAGAUCGAGGUGGAGGGAAAAGAAAGGGCUGGGUUUUUUGCGAGGAUAAAGGUGAAGGGAUGUAAAAGAGCUGGUGUUUGUAGUUUGUACUCUUUUCUUUUUUUCCUACCCAGCCGGUCUUCCUCAUCAAUCCACCAGCUGGCUCCACCAUGUUUAGAGUUCUGGGAGGAUGUGCAGAAAGUUGUGGGGAAGAAAGGGAAGAACAGGAACCUCUAGUCGUACUGUGAAUGUGUUGUAUUAAUAAUGAUUAAUGUCUAUAUAGUGUAUGUUCUGUCUUAUGCAACAUGAUAGAAAUAAGGUUCUAUCGGAUUUGAUGUUUGGGAAUUAGAGUUUAUACGAACAGAAUUAGG